AUGAAGCAAGAGAUCCACAUCAGCAAUACUGGAUUCUUGAAAUGUUCAUUGCCGUUCAAGUCCCAAAGUAAACCACAGCUUCCCGACAACAAACAUGAAGUUCUCAACAGAACAACAAGGACACUGAGCAAUCUCAAGAACAAACCGCAAAAGCUGCAAGAUUCACAGAAAUUCAUGCAAAAGUUCAUUGACAAGCAACACGCCGAGCCAGUACCACGUGAAGAAUUGGACUUCAAUCCAAAAUGGUAUAUACCUGUAUUUCCAGUUUAUCAUCCACGGAAAAAGAAACUCCGACUUGUGUUCGAUGCAUCAGCUAACUUUCAACAAACGAGUCUUAAUGAUCACCUCCUACAAGGUCCCGAUCAAAACAGCAGCUUGUACGGUGUGCUUUGCCGUUUUCGGGAGAAUCAAGUGGAAGUUACGGGAGAUAUUGAGAGUAUGUUUCAUUGUUUCUACGUUAAUCCUGAAGAUCGGAAUUUCUUACGCUUCUUCUGGUGGGAAGACAACAAUCCUGUAAUUGACAUCAUUGAGUACCGUAUGCGGGUUCACUUAUUCGGCAAUCGUUCUUCCCCUGGAGUGGCGAUACAUUGCUUACACUUUGUAGCAGAUAUUGCCGAAGACGAAGACGUGAUGAAUUUCAUCAAAAGGAACUUUUACGUUGACGACGGGCUCGGUAGUUUUGAUACAGUUGAUGAUGCUAUACAUAUUAUUGCAUCAACGCGACGUGCCUUGUCUAAUUACAACAUUCGGCUGCAUAAACUGAUGUCCAGCCACGCUGAAGUCCUGCAAGCAUUCGCGCCAACUGAAGUUGCGCAAGAGUUACAAAUGAACACGCUUUCCGACACCAAUGUCCCACGGGUUCUUGGUGUAUUGUGGGACGUUCAUUCUGACUGUUUUCGCAUCAGAUACACACCACUGGAUAUAAAGCUGACAAAAAGAGGCCUAUUUUCCCUGAUCAACUCGAUUUACGACCCACUUGGAUUCGUUGCACCAGUGUUGCUGCGCGGAAGACAAGUUCCCCGGCAAGCUACUUCAAAGCAAUACAUCGAGCGUAUCAAACAUGCACCGAUGGAUCCAGCCACCCUUAUAUCUUGGGACGACAUGCUGCCCCCGAAAAUGCAAACUGAGAUUUCUGCUUGGCUCAAGCAUUUGCCAGAAGUCAACAAAAUAUCUAUUCCUAGACUCAUUAUCUACCCACAAUGCCUAGAGUUCCAGUUACAUAUUUUCAGUGAUGCAUCAGAUAUUGCCGUUGGGAACGUUUUCUACAUGACUUCGAAUGAAAACGAAAAUAUCAACGUACGAUUAAUUCAGGGCGAAACACGUCUUCAUCCUCUUCACGCAAACACAAUUCCUCGACUGGAAUUAUGCGCAGCAGUUGCAGCUGUCACAAAGUAUCAAAAAUUCGCGAGCGAAUCUACUCGAGCACCCACACAAGUCGUUUGCUACACCGAUUUGAUGAUUGUUCUCGGUUACAUCAACAAUGCUACACGGAAAUUCUUAAAGUACGUUACCAACCGUGUCACGUAUAUUCUCAGCCACACGGAUGCACAACAGUGGAGAUACGUCAACACAAAAGACAAUCCGGCAGAUAUUGCCACAAGAGGAGCUACACCGAAGACACUCAACAACUCAAUUUGGUUCACGGGACCAGCAGUUCUCUCUCAGUGCAGUUUGAAUAUUCUACACACAGUUACAGAUGCAGACACCCUCUUGCCGGAAGAAACAAAAAUUCAAACGUUGAAAAUUACCAAGAUGCAGUCUGGUAUUCUUGACAGAUUCGCUAAAUUCUCCACCUGGCGAUCACUUGUUCGCGCAAUAUCCAUGUUACGGUCGUUCCUACAAUACAGACAACCCCAAUGUUCAGACAUACCUCUUGUGUUACUGUAUUCCCAAGCAGAAACCCAUAUUAUUCAAGUCACUCAGCAGGAGCAGUUGAUUGAAACAACUCGAGCUAUUGAGAACAAGAUAGCAUUGCCCAAGGACACAGCACAGCUUAAUCCGUUUCUUGACAGCAACGGCAUCCUACGCGUUGGAGGACGACUGCAACAUUCACAACUUCCACAUCCAGAAAAACAUCCUGUUAUAAUACCGAAAAGUCUCAUAUCACAUCACUCAUCAUUGAUGAAGCACACAAGUCUGUUUAUCAUCAAGGUCGUCAUAUAA